CCUCUCAUUGCUGCAUGAUAACUCUUCAGUUAUCUUUACAAACUCUAUCUUCAAUAAACACUAAAUAUUAUUCCCCCCACAAGUUUCCAAUUGGUUUCUACACCCGUCGAAAAUUAGAAGCAUCAUUUCUUGAAACCUUCUCACAAUACCCUCGGCAUUUAUCACCACUUGUUGAAGAAAGAAAUAAAAAAACUCACCUCAUCAUUUCGUUGAAUUCAUAUCGUGGAAGAAGAAGGAUUUCUCGUGAAGUUUAAUUUUCUUCGUUAAAUCGUGGAGAUCAUGUUGAAAAUACCUGAAUGAUGUGGAGUGCGCGUAAUCACGCUGGAGCACGUGAAUUCCCUCAACAAUUGCGGCCCGAAAUUUUCAAAUGAGUAAUUGAACAAUCUACAUUUUAUGUAACGGUGGAUUUGUGGGUAUUACAAGAAAAUGUCAGGAUCACGGACAUUGUAUGUUUACUGACAAAUAAAUCUGAAGGAUUCGCAGAUGGGGAUUAAUGUGAUUAUGAAUCAUUUAUGAAUAAUGCACUAGUAGUGACAGAAUGAUCAACGUGAGAGAGUUGUUGAGAGUUAAGUGUCUUUUCCUCGAUUGUUCAGAUGCCGGGGCUUUCCAGGAGUGAACAUAUUGUUUUCCUACAUCGAGAAAUAUUUGUGAAUGAUCAAAUCAUUUUUCAUUCGAUCAUCGAUCGGUGCCGGAGGUGAUCGGAAAGAGUCUUUCGGAUCGUUAAUCAAUGCCCUCGAUCGACUUCAGUGUCAAAUGAUAGCUGUUGUGACGAUAUGGAGACUUUUAACGGUAUCUGAAAUCUUAUCAAAUCGCUCAGCCCUUGAGCCAUUUAUUAUCGUUUACAUGAUCCAAAUGUAACGGUAAAUUAAGACCAAUAAUAAUGCCUCUGAGAUCUCAGGGAUAUUAAUACGGAGGAUUUUUAAAAGAUCGAGCUAUAAACCGGCGAUACUGUGGAUAUAGUGAUAACGUUAAUCAUUCCUUCUGUUUAAAUUUCGUUACUCAAGUCGAUUUCAAGUUGUGGAGGUUUUUCUGUUUUAUUGAAGAAGAGAGAUUCAUCGGGUUGACAGUUUAUUCUUCAAUUAUUCUGAAAAUCAAUAAACAUAAAUGUCAGCCAAUAAUAUACAAUCGACAAAUAAACAUAAAUAAAUAAAUAAAUCGCUGGAGAUGUCGAACGACUUAAUAAACCACGAGCAGAUGCACUCCUUGAGCACUUCCCCAAUGCCUUUGAGCAAUGCCCCCGAAUUCGAAGAGAACAAAUCGAGACAGGACAGCGUCACCAGCAUAUCGGAGAUCAAUGGCCCCAGAUCGCAUAAAUCAACGCAAAUCGAUUUUUCCCAGUACAACUGGAGGUAUGGGCCUGGGGGAGUGCCCAGAACCAGACCCCUAAGUGCUGGAUUGACACCGAAGGCCAAUCAGAUGUUUAGUUCAAAUCCUUCCAUAGGCAGCACUUCCAGGACUCCUCUGCACACAUCGCAGAGUGAAGUUGCCCUGUCGACGAGACGACCUGCUCCAAAAUUUGUGGCUAUUGAUGUUAAAUCUGUGCCGAGCCCUCCUUAUAGCCCUUAUUCCGGCAGCAAUUUGUCAGGUGGCAAUUCCCCGUGCAAUUGCUGCUGCAAUUGCAGUGGAAAACCCAAGGGGGAGGGACCACCUGUUAAUGAGCAUGAUGGACCCCAGGGCCUCAGCUGGAGAAGAUUACACAUGAGCAGAGCUAAACUCAAGGCCACUGCCACUACCUCGGAAUUACUCAGUGGAUUCGCUAUGGUAGCAAUGGUGGAGCUCCAGAUAAACGAGGGAACAGCAGUUCCCGAGUGGCUGUUCGUGAUGUUCGCUGUGUGCACAACAGUUCUCGUCUCAGUUCACAUAUUCGCCCUAAUGAUAAGCACGUAUUUACUGCCAAAUGUCGAGGCAAUUAGUAAACUCCAGGUGUCAAAAUUGAUAACAGAGUCCCCCCAUGAACGAAUGCGAGGUUUUAUAGAACUCGCUUGGGCAUUUUCCACAGUUCUUGGACUCUUUCUCUUCCUCGUGGAAGUGGCCAUCCUCUGUUGGGUAAAAUUCUGGGACUACUCAUUCAUGGCUGCCAUGACCAGCACGAUCAUCGUUAUUCCAGUGUUAAUUGUAUUCGUUGCAUUUGCCGUUCAUUUUUAUCACUCACUCGUCGUUUAUAAGUGCGAGGCGUCAGUGGAGGACAUGGAGGAAUUGGAGAGGAUAAAAAAGAAGUUGGAUAAAGCGACAGUAGGGCAAAGUGCGGUAUGAAUUUCCUACAAAUUAAACUGGUAAAUAAUGUAGGUUUUGAUUCGAUUCCAAUGAGAAUCGCUAAAUUCCUCAAUUUAUAUAGGAAUUGUGAGAGUAAUUUUCCAUAUUUUUUACCGAGCGCUUUCCUUAAAUCGUUGCUAUUUCCAACUUUUUCACAUGGGGUAUUAAAAAAAACAAUAAUUCUCAACUAAACGUGUCACGCUGGUACGUGAAACAGUUUUAUUUCCAAUCUUUAUCGAUUUUUUUAUAUAAAAAAAUGUACAUGGCUGUACACAUGCAAGAAGUUGCAACAGUACAAGCGAGUGCUCUUAGAAUUAUCAAUUAAUGUUAUUAAUUUUAAUUAAUAAUUACAUUAUAUUUAAGAUGUACCUUCUGCAAUGGUAUUUUUUUUCUUAUUGAUUCUUAUUCGUUUUCUGUUGUUCACUUUUUUUCUAUUGUAAGUGUCUUUCACUAAAUGUAUAGACUCUUUAAGUUAUACGUCAUCUCUCUUUUGGGUUUGUGGUGAGAUCGAGUAAACGUUAGGUUCGACAGCUCCAUCAUAAAUUCCAAUCUCCCCUAGUUACACUACUUUUUUUUUAUUAUAUUUCAGACCUCUCAAAAAUCACAAUUUCCAGUUUAUCACUCCCUCGAUUCCAAGACAAACCCGGUGAAAGAAUAAU